AUGAAGCUUCUCGCCGCCGUCUCCCUCUUGGCCACCGCCGCCACCGCCAGCCCCGUCCAGAAGCUCUUCAACCUGCAGACCUCCGGUGCUUCCAACAGCUCCCACAAUGGCCUCUGGCUCGUUUCCUACCACAGCGCUGCGUCUGGCCCACUCGACAGCGAGCCCAUUUUCACCAAACAGGCCGCCGAUGCCGCCACCUUUUACCUGAACAACGGCACCGUGCGAUACGACACGCCGAACCAGCAGAACCAGGCUCCGUGGGCGAUUGAUCUGGUGACGGUCCAGAGAGGCAAUGGUCUCAAGGAACCCGUCCGGAUCGGCGUUCAUGAAGAUGCCGGCACGAAGGGAUUCUAUAUCAACAAGGAUGGUCUGCAAGGACCUAGCCAGACCUUUGGUAGCUGGUCGAUCUGCGACAACCAGCUUUUCUUCCAGAACCCGCAGGCUUCUGACACUACGGUUCCUUCCAACUGUGACAUUGUCAAGCUGCAGGCUGUGUACAAGACUUCGUAA